AUGCAGAGGGAGAGAAUGAGCAAAAAGAAUAGUAGUCAGGUUCAUUGUCUUCCCUCUCCUGAUCAUCAUCAUCAUCAUCAUAUUCUCAUAAUGGCUUCAACUUCAAAACACAUUCCUGAGAUCAGAUUGUACAAAGCCUGGAAGGGUAACAAUAGAUUUUUCUGUGGUGGGAGACUAAUGUUUGGUCCUGAUGUAUCAUCUCUGCUCCUAACCUCUUUCUUAAUCGGUGCCCCUGCCCUUACAUUCUGCAUAAGGAUGCUCGUGUGGAUGCAAAAAGGCGAUCCUAUCUUCAACUACACCGUUCUGACUUCAGCAUUUAUCCUCACCCUCUUGGUUUUUACGUUUCUAUUCUUGACAUCAGCUAGAGAUCCAGGAAUCAUUCCAAGGAACAAAACAUCAGUGAAUAUUGAAGAUGGUUCAGAUAAUUCCUUGACACAAUCUAUGGAAUGGGUCAACAGCAAAACUCCUCAUCUCAAGAUACCUAGAACAAAGGAUGUCUUUGUUAACGGAUACACUAUCAAAGUCAAGUUCUGUGAGACUUGCUUACUCUACCGUCCACCACGUGCUUCACACUGCUCCAUAUGUAACAACUGUGUCCAACGCUUUGAUCAUCAUUGUCCAUGGGUAGGACAAUGCAUUGCCCUUAGAAACUACCCGUUCUUCAUCUGCUUCAUCUCAACUUCAACAUUGUUAUGCAUAUACAUCUUUGUGUUCUCGUGGAUCAAUCUAAUGAGACAGCCUGGGAGAUUAGGGAGGACAAUGUCUAAUGAUAUAGUCUCUGUCAUUCUUAUAGUCUAUUCAUUUGUUUCUAUUUGGUUCGUUGGUGGUCUUACCAUUUUCCAUGUCUAUCUUAUGUCUACAAAUCAGACAACUUAUGAGAAUUUUCGGUCCCGUUAUGAUAAGAAAGAAAACCCUUACAAGAGAGGGUUGCUGAAGAAUGUUAAAGAAGUGUUGUUUGCUAAGAUACCGCCUUCUCAACUAGAUCUCAGAGCAAUGGUCCCAGACGAAGAUGAUGGAUCUGAGUAUGAGUCAGAGAAUAGCUCUUCCAUCAGAUAUGAUAAUGAAAUGAAAGGCAAGGUCACUAAAAGUGAGAGCCCGAAGAAGCUUCCUUUGCCUACACAGAACUUAGAUAAUAAUGAUGACUAUGACAGAUCUACAACAACUAGAGAUGAUGCUUCAUAG